CGCUACGUCGCUACUGGUCUCCCGCUGGCGCGCGAAAGCGAAGGUGGAAGUCGGCAGCAGCAAAUAUCUCGGACUUGAUUGGACUAUCCUUGACACACAAGACGCUUGGACAGUCUCGCGCGGUCGGUGCACGAUGAAUGGCGGACGAGGGCCUCUUGGGUUGACGCUCAGCAUAGAGUCGCUGUCUGGGCCGCUGCUGAUAGCGGGGGACUGCGGCGUUGGAGAUGAUGCAUUCCGCGUGUGGCCGGGUCUGGUUUGGCUGGAGCGCAACCAGCCGGACAGCGCCGACUGCCACAGUGCCGGCAGCAGCCAGGGUGGCGCAGGCGUUCCACCCGCCCUCAGCAGCGGUUCGCCAAGCCACGGCCGGGAAUACGAAUCUACUGCGGCAGAAGCAGAGACAGACGCGGCGGGCAUAGCCGACUCUGUGGCGAUGGCGGUGGCGGCAUUGCCCGCCGUGCACGUGCGGGCGCUACAAGCCCUGUGCACAGCGGCCGCGGCACAGGCGGCCUGCGCCCUAGGCCGCGACGAAGCGACGGCUGUGCUGGCGGCGACACUACAUAGCCCUGAGGUGGGGCCCUGGAAGCGCCGCUGCGCCAACCCACUGUUUGGGGGCAGCUGCGGCGGCGGCGCCGUCAGCGGUGGCGGCGCCGUCAGCGGUGGCGGCUCGGCGCUCUCGCCAGACAGCGCUGCUGGGCCGCACACACACGCCGCUGAGCCGCAGCCGGCGGGCGCCUGCCGCGCCCGCUCCACAGGUGGCGGCGCGGCACCCGCCGUGGGCGGCGACGCGGAAGCGCUGUUGGACAGACUGGUGGGUCUGGGGCUGCUGGCGUGCUGCGGCAGCAACGGCAGCGGCGGCGGUAUCGGCACUGCUGACCACGGGGCAGACGCGGUCCAGGGCAAGCAGAAGGCGGCGGAGGGCACGGUGGCGGCGGCGGUGGCGCAGCUGCUGUGUGUGCCGUUUGGGGUGGAGAGCUUGGUAGCAGCGGCGGCAGCUCGCCAGCUGCAGCAGGCCCAGCUGCAGCCCUACGGCGGGCUGCGGCGGCAGGCGCAGCUGGAGGGCAUGGCCUGGUCGGAUGAUGAUGAUGAGAGCGAGGACGACGAGGUGCGCGCGGGCGACGGCACCCAGGGCGACAGCGAGGCGGAGGCCGCUGGAGAGAAGGCCGCUGUACAGGAGGCGGAGGCCGCCUGUGCAGCUGGAGCUUCGCCGGUGAUGGCGCAGUCGGCCGCGCUGUCAAUGCUGCGCACCAUCCCACCCGCGUUGUUGGACAUCGAGGCGGAGCAGCUGGCAGCCGCCGCCGCCACCGCAGAGGGCGCCGCCGCUGCAGGGGGCGCCCUGUUUGUGCUGGCGGCGGGCGCCGCGGCAGAUGCGGCCACCGCCGGAGCUGAUCCCGAGUGCACGCAGGCCGCGGCCUGGGUGCGGCGGGCCCGACAGCUGCUGCCGCCGCGGCUGCGGGACCCCACGCUUCUGACUGCCGCACUGCCGUGGCUGCGCGCCGCCAACGCCGCCACUGUGUCCCCAGCCGCUCCCGCCGCCACACCCGCGUCCGCGCGGCCGUCACAUGCCGGUGCCUCGGCAGCCCCUGGCGCAGCGGCGCCGGAGGAGGGCUCGUGCGCGCGGCGGCGGCAGUGGGAGCAGCUGCAAGAGGCGGGGCGGCUGCUGCAGCGCGCCGUGUGCUGGGGCCGUGCCGCGGCGGUGGAGGCCGAGGCGCCGGCGCCCGUGCGUGCAGCCCGGCGACUGCUGCUCGCGCAGGCGCUGCUGUUGCAGGCGGCGCUGGGUCUGGGGCUGGGAGCCGCGCACAUCCCCGGUCUCGACCCCCCGUCGUCAGGUGCACCGGGUGCUGAUGCCGCCGGUGUGGGCCUGUCGGUCGGGGCGCUGGCGGCCUGCUCUCGGGCUGCGGCGGAGGCGGAGGCCGAGGCGCUGCAGCUGCUGCAGCGGUCGCGGCACAGAGACAGCCAAGGCGGCGGCGGCGGCGGUGGUGAGGGUGGGGCUGGUGCGCUGGCGCAGCUGCAGCUGCUGGCGGCGCAGGCGGCGGCGCUGCGUGGCGCGGCCGCGGAGGCGCGCGGGCUGACCAUGGCAGCGGCUCGGCUGUACAGCGCCGCACUGCGGCACUGCGCCGGAGGCCCAGCAGGCGGCAACUGCAGCAGGAGGGCUGGCCAGGGCGUGCGCAUCGCCGGACCUACAGGCGUGUCCGACGGCACGGCCCCGGAGGCAGGACUGGAGCGCUCCACACGGCUGCUGCAGGCGGCACUGCUUGCCGCCCGUGCCCGCACCUGGCUGCGCCUUUCUGCCAGCAUCCCCUUUGCCACCGCGCCGCCGCCGUCCGGCGCCGAGGCGGCUGUGAGGGCGCCCGCUGGCAGCAGCCCCACGGGUAUUGCUGCCGCUGCUGCAGCCGACCAUUGCCCCAUCGGCAGCCCAACCGCCGCCGCGUCAGGCAGCGGGGCAUCGGUGGCAGCAGCUGGUGACGGCUCACGCCACCAGCACCAGCACCAGCACCACAUCGUGGCCCUCAACCGGGCCACAUCCUUGCCGCUGCCGCCCUCUACACGGGUGGGAGGGCCGCCGCCGGUCACGCCGCGUGUGUCUGAGGGCAGCAUGCGCAGCGAGGGCGGCGCGGGCGCGGGCGUGGGUGCGGGCGCGGGUGCGGGUGGCGCCAGGCGGGGCAGCAUCUGCGGCGACGCCGCAGAGGCGGUCCCCGCACCGGCCGCCAUUCCGUGGUUUGUGUUGGGCCGUGGGGUCUGGCGCGGCAAUGCCGGGCCGACAGGCAACUCGCCCUCCAUCCAGUCCAGCUCCUUUCACGGCGACACGGACACAGCCGCCGCCACCGCCGCCGCCGCCGCAGCCGCCACCGCCGUCGCUCCUGAGGACGCAGCUGGCCUGCUGCCCUCAUGCUCGGAGCCGCCCUGCCCGCGUGUGGCGGCGGCGGCGGCGGCCUGCCAGGAGCCGCUGGCACGAGCCUACGCCGCCGCCUGCCGGGACGUGCCAGUGCCCCACGCCGCCGUGACGGCGACCGACGGCGGCGGCGGCGGCGGGUCCGAGGCGGCGGCGGUGCACCUGGCAGUCCUGGCGGAGGCGGGCAGCGCGCUGGCAGGGCUGCAGCUGCUGGCGGCGGCGGCGGCGGCGGCAGCGCCGGCGGCGGGUAGGCACCUAGCGGCGGGGACAGCCCCGGUCUUGUCCGGUGGUGGCGGAGAUGCUGUCGCGAUGAGCCGGGCGCUGCAGCAGGCGGCGGAGGUGUCGGCGCAGGCGGUCCGGUGCUUUGAGGCGGCAUGGGCGCCGGACAAGCACGCGCGUGCUGUGCACGUGCCGGCGGGCGGCGGCGGCGCAGCGGUACAGGCCACGCCUGUGCCUGAGCCUCCGGAGGUGCUCCGGCGUCGCGCGGACGCUGCGGCGGAGGCGCACACCCGGGUCCUCAUGCAGCAGCAGCUCCUGCAGCGGCACGGGCGGCAGCAGGUGGCCGACUGCCUGCAGCGGGCCCCCGGCAUGGCUCUGGCGGCCCGACAUUCGGAGGCCGCUCUCCUGGCGGCGGUCUGCGCCUCCGCAGCUGCCUCCUCGGGCUCUGGCUUUGGCGCAAAGGGUGUUGACGUCUGCGGUAGCGGCAGCGGCAGUGGCGGCACGCAUGGCGCCGAGUCGCAAACGGCAGCCAGCGACGUGGAAGGCGGGGCCAGCGACGCCCGUUGGUCGGCGGCGUGGGAGUGGGGCAAGCGCGCGCUGUCGGUGCGGCGGCAGCUGUACGGCGCCGCCUCGCCGGCCGCACUGGAGGUGCAGGCCUUCCUGGCGCACGUGGCCGGCACCGGCAUGGACAGCCUGGCGGUGGCCGAGCCGCUGCUGGUGUCGCUGCUGGCGGCGCGCUGCGAGCGGCUGCGUGGCGGCGCGGCGGCGGCGGGCAGCCAGGCGGCGGCGUGCUUCUAUGCUGAGCUGCUGAUCCGGCACGGCAGGCUGCGCGCCGCGGACACCUUCCUGUCCCGCGCCGUGCCCCGCGCGCUGAGGCACCAGCGCCACGCCCUGCUGGCCGCCACCGCCGCCCCCAGCGCCGCAGCUGUGGGCGUUGUGGUGCCCGGCGGCGACGGCGGCGCGAUGCCGCCGCUGCCGCUGCUGUCGCUGCAGAGGCGGCUCCUGAGCACCGUGCGUGCCGCCAGCGGCGCCGCCCCUUCACAGGCCGCUGCCUGCGGUGGCAUGGAUGGCGGCGCCAACGGGGCCGAGCCGGCCUGCUGGCGGGUGCCAGCGGCGGACAAGGUGGGCGGGACCUGCUCCAGGGCAGGCGGCGGUGGCCGCCGUGCGGCCGCCGCGGCGCUGUCAGCCGAGGACGUCGCGGCCGCCGCGCGCCGACUGCGCAUGUGGAGUGCGGGCGGCGUGCGGCGCAGCUGGGACGGCAGCGAGGGGCCAGGUCUGGAGGGCCGGCCCAGGGAGUGGCACUGGGCGGGGCUUCAGCCCGCAGCGCCCUCGGGCCAGCAGGGGGUGCAGGUGCAGGCGCAGGUGCAGGCGGCCGCACCGCACAGCCAGGUGGCCGCAGAGGCCCAGCCCACACCUCUCGCACAGGCGGCGUCGCCGCUGCGACCGCUGCAGCUGUCGGGCCGCCACGCCAGCUCGCCGGCGGCCCUGGUGGGCGCCAUGAGUGCGGUGUCGCCGCGGGAGCUGGAGCGCAUCCUGCAGCAGGCCGCAGCCACGGACCAGACACCGGGCCAGACCCAGGACCAAACCCAGGACCAGACCCAGGACCAGAGCCGUGACCAGACCGCCCAGACUUCCGACAGCCAGGCUUCCCACGGGCUGGAUUUGGUAGAGACACUGGUAGGCGUGAAGGCGGCGCCAGUGGCGGCGGCGGCGCAAACCAGCAGCCUGCCACCUGCGGGCGCCGCUGCCGCAGCAGCGUCUGCCAACGCCGGUAAGUCGCGCGCACUGCUGCGGCCGCAGGAGGCAAGCAAUGCGUGUGGCCAGCUGCCAAGCAAGGGUGCGGCGACCGGACCUGACCGCCACGUGCUGGCGGCGGCGCUGGCGGCGGCGCUUGACGCGGUGGCUGGCGGCACGGGCGCGGUGGUGGUGGUCAGUGCGUCGCGCAGUGCAACCGCCGGCGGGGCUGCUGUCUAGGCGUGCGCUUGUGAGGACGGCCCUGGCUGGCGGGGUUUACGAAGUGCACCUAACCUGUAUGUGGGGAACGAAUGAACGCAUGCACUGUGAAGAUUGUUCGGCGUAAGACCUGGCGUGGCUACGUGUGCGAUGCAUGCUGGCAUGUGCAUGCACAUUGUCAUCAUUACUGCCGUUGGUAUAGCGUGCUUAGGACGCUGCGGACAGCUGCGAACGCUUUAGACUACUGUACUACCAUUUGGUGGCGCUGUUGGAAUUGUGAACGUGCAGAGAGACCCCACCGUUACCGUUGGGCGGUUGCAACUGUGGGGACGGGGCAUGCCUAAUCUCAACUCCGCAUUCAAGCUCAUGUGCAGGUGGCACUCGCGAGAUUGCCUUUGCCCCUGAGACGACUAGGCACUCAAGUUGUGAGCUGUUGUGAGCUACUGAGCUGCUGUACCCAAGGUCCUGUAGGCAGCCUGGAGCGCCUCCCCAGGACCAGGACCAGGACCCACGUUUCACUUUGUAUGUCGUGACAUUGCACGGGUGCGUGAACUUGCAUGCUUAGCCGGCCGUUUGGCGUGAACUCCAUGCUCAGUAAAUGUAACUGCGGCUUGUGAUGGACCUGAUGUCCUGAUGGCCCGUGCGGGCAUACCAAAUGUGCUCCGGACGACUCGUCCGAUCGCAGGGAUACCAUGCCCGAAUUUAGAGAUGGGGUGGGAUGGGAUGUCGGGAGUGUGGCAGGGGUUAAGGCACUGCGAGGCAGGAAGGAUGUGACAUUAUGACAUGGCGCAAGAAUUGAUUGAUGAGUGCGCAGCUACGGUUCUGACUCUUAGCAGCUCUUGGCCUCAUAUUGAUGCAGGUCCUUUGGUGGGUGCUAGCACCGCACUGAUUUGGUGGGUGCUUGCACCGCACUGAGGUUAGUUGCAGACUAGUGCACUAGCGCAAUCAUAUAUGAUGGGUACCGAUGCACAUUGUAGUGACGGUGGCAACGCACGGUAGUUGUAACUUAACUGGCAA